AUGAAUAUCAGCAAACUAGAGCUCUAUAGGCGUAUCUUUCAGAAGUUCGCUUCCGUAGAACUGCCCUCACAACAACAACAACAAGGUCAAGAGAAGGAAAAGUUUAUGACUAAAGACGAUUUCCUCGCUGCGGUUGCACCUGGUGAGGAUUUCAAAAAGAUUCAAAAAGAACAGUUCGAACUUCUUUAUCGUAAGAAGGAAAAGGAAGAAAACGGUUUGAUCUCUUUCGACGAUUUUGUCAUAUUCGAAGAUUUAUUGUCAAAGGCAGAUGCGGAGUAUGAAGUAGCUUUCCGUUUUUUUGAUAUUCAUGGUACAGGCAAGGUGACAUUUGAGCAAUUUAAAGAGGUCUUAUCGAGCAACAUGCCACCUGAUGCUGUCCCGUUUGAUUUUAACUGUGAUUGGUUGAGAUUAUACGUGGGUGGUGGUGAUAACGAUAAACAACAAAAGGAACUAUCGUAUCAAGAAUUUACGCAACUUUUAAAAGAUUUGCAAGGAGAAAGGCUACGUCAAGAAUUCAAACAUUAUGAUAAGGAUCAAACGGGCUUUAUUGAGCCUGAAGACUUUAAAAAGAUCAUUUUGGACGUUGCCAAACACAAACUAUCAGAUGAUGUGAUUGACCAUUUACCCACCCUUUGUAAUAUCUAUAACAAUGGGAACAAGAUCAGUUUCUCCUCAGUUGUCGCCUUCCAUAACGUGAUCAGGAAUAUUGACAUGGUUGAGUCUGUGAUCCGUACAGCGAUAGAAAAGGUCUCGGAUAAGAAGAUUACAAAAGUGGACUUUUUAAAGUAUGCUCAUGAAGCAUCUCGUUCUACUGCAUUUACACCUAUGGAAGUCGAUAUCAUUUUCCAUUUUGCUGGCGUGGACGAUGAUUCUGGAAGACUAGGUUUGGAGGACUUUGCUCGACUUUUGGAUCCUCGAUGGACGUAUCGCCAAUUACAAGCAGAUGCUGAUCAAAUUCAUAUUGACUCCCCAUUACAGGAAAAGAGAGGAGUCCUCUGGCAAUUGGUAGAAAGCGCUUACUCCUUCAUUUUGGGUUCGGUUGCCGGUGCCAUUGGUGCCACUGCUGUUUACCCUAUCGAUUUGGUCAAAACACGUAUGCAAAAUCAAAGAUCAAAAAUAGUAGGAGAACUGUUAUAUAAGAACAGUUUGGAUUGUUUUAAAAAAGUCUUGAAGAAUGAAGGCUUUACUGGAUUAUAUAGAGGAUUGGGUCCUCAGCUUGUGGGUGUUGCUCCCGAAAAAGCCAUCAAAUUGACUGUCAAUGACUUUGUUCGCAGUAAAUUCACCAGCAAACAGAACGGUUCCAUUCAAUUUUGGCAGGAAAUGUUGGCCGGUGGUGCAGCCGGUGCUUCUCAAGUCAUCUUUACCAAUCCUCUCGAAAUCGUCAAGAUCCGUCUUCAAGUACAAGGUGAGCAAGCAAAGAAUCUUGCUGGUGAUGCUGCUGCUGCUGUUCCUCGUCGUUCUGCUAUAUGGAUCGUGAAGCAUCUGGGUAUUGUCGGUCUCUACAAAGGUGUUGCUGCUUGUUUAUUGCGAGAUGUUCCUUUCUCUGCCAUUUAUUUCCCCGCUUAUGCUCACCUCAAGAAGGACCUUUUCAAAGAAGGCCCUGAUCACAAAUUGAAGAUUUCUGAACUAUUGAUGGCUGGUGCCAUUGCCGGUAUGCCUGCUGCCUAUUUUACAACACCUGCUGAUGUCAUUAAAACACGUUUACAAGUGGAAGCGAGAAAGGGACAAACGACAUAUUCCGGUAUUCUUGAUGCGGCUCGAAAGAUCUUUGCCGAAGAAGGUUUCAAAGCAUUCUUUAAGGGAGGCCCUGCACGUAUUUUCCGUUCCUCACCUCAGUUCGGUGUGACUUUGACAGCUUAUGAAAUUUUACAUCAGUUACUGCCAUUACCUGGCCAUGGCAGUGCUGCUAAUACUGUAUCAACAGCUGCAACCAUAUUGCCUAAUCCUACGCAAGCAGUAGAACAAAGAACUUCUUUCCGCUCUUCAAAUGCUCUGAAAAUGUUAUUAGAUCUUGAUUAUAGAUUUGGUGUCUACUCUGCUCCUAAGACUACUACUGCGAGUAUCACAAAGGAGGCUUAA